ACCGUUUUUGUGAUUGCAUCAUAAACAAAUCAACUGGAAAAUUUGUAAAAGAAACGCAAAUAAUGCCGAAAAAAUAAACAAAUGAAUGAGAAAUAAUACAUCCCUGUAUGACAGAACAUCAGAGGAGUGCUUCUGAUGCCAGACGCAGUCUGCGUGAUUUAUUUCAACAUGUUAAAUAUGAGCAUUUAGUUGCUGGCGUAUCUGGAGGAGUGAGCGCCACACUUGCACUCCAUCCGUUAGAUGUCAUCAAAGUACGACUUCAAGGUAAAACCGGAUCGGUCAUGUUUUAAAUAGUAUUUGCAAUAAAAACGUGUUCAGUAAGCUGUAGUUAUAUGAAUAUAAAGUCAAUCACACUCAACUAUGAGUUUGUCACUUUGUCAGGUCCUCGGUCAGGUCUAUGAUAAAAUUGGCCUCACCACCUCGGAUUUGGCCCUCAUUUCAUUGUGAUUGGCUGAAUUAAGUCAAUGCAUCCUUCCGGCAAGUACAUCCCUUUGACUAUACAGCCUCGUUUUUGUGUACGAAAAACAAGGCUCUGUACCUAAGGUGGUCGACAUACACGAUACAUUUUGGAAGCAUGUAUUGAUUCGGCAAAACAGACUAUCAUGUCCAGACUGCAGAGUACGUCCGUUUUUGCCGAGAUCUUGGUGGCGGAAAGCUGAAAAAUCUCGGGGUAGGGGCGCAAAAAUGUCCCAGGGGCAGCCAGCCUCCCAAACGGCAGUCAUUGCUGAAACAAAAAGAAAAUGGCUUUAGGCAACCUUUUGGCAUUGAAGACUAUAUUCUAGAACUGUAUAUUGUGUAAAUAUACGCAGGAAAAUAUACAUGCUUCUUUAAGGAUUCCUAGUACAAGAAUGUUACCCAUAUUGAUGGGCGAAUAUAGUGCAUGGAAAAUUGUUGCAUAAUAUAUUCCGGGGGCGCUAAAAUUUGUGACGUAAAAAAUCUCGGGGGUGCAAUUGCCCUACUCUGCAGUCUGGUAUCAUGUUACUUUGUCCCUUCGUUGGACCAAUGCUCUACCAGUUAAGCUACAACUUGGGCUCAGUAGGUAAAGCGUUGGACUACCUCAUAUCCAAUAAAAGCUUGUGGGGAUUGAUUGUUUCCCACUAUGGUCAUUCAAGCAUUAUCUAAGCCAGACUUCAUUCUUUGCAAUGUGCCCAUUGAGGCGGCCGGGAUACAACAGAUGUUAUUGAAACAACAUUGACGACCACACCUACCUAAUUGACAACCACACAUACCUAAUUUUUGCAUGCUUACAAUUCCAAUCUUAAACAGCCAAAAUAUGAAUCUGGUUUGUAGUCACAAUCACUAUUAUAAUAAAAAUUUAAAUCGCUUAAUCACACACUUAGGUGACAUCUGUAAUAAUAUAGUUGGAAAUUUUUUUACUGUUUAAUUAAACAAAGGAAUGUAAUUUCCAUGUCAUGAUGUUAUGAGUGCUAUUGGGUCAUUCCAGAAAACAGCCACACCUCAAUCCUCAAAUCAUUUUUGUUAGCAAUGUGCACAUAAAUGCAUGAACAUUAUGAUUGUGAUGCUACCAUUGCCUGUUUUGGUAUACAUGUAUGCAAUUUGUUUCAAUAACUUAUCCAUAUAGCACAUGACGGAGCUAAUGCAGACCCUCAUAAAUCUUACAAUGGAUUACGUCAUGCAUUUAAAAGUAUUGUGAGUGAGAGUGGAUGGAAGGGGUUGUAUCAGGUAGGAUUAGCCUGUGAUGAUAUUACACAUUGGAUAUCCAGUCUUUGACUUGUACUGUUGCGGGGGAGAAAUCGAGUACUGGCAGUCAAUGGGUUUGUCAGACUAGCUAGCUAUCUGGCCAUCAGCAGUGUCUGCUGUACGGUACUUAACACAUUUAGUUGCAUUGUGUUUUACUCAUGCAGUGGCAUUGCCAGCCCGACAAUUUAGUCCCACUAUGCAAAUUCAAAAUUAUUAUUAUCAUUAUUGAUUUUUUUCACAGUCAAUGAACACAAAAAUAUUUGCAUAGCGGGACUAAAUCAUCGGGCUGGCUAUGCUACUGGUCUUACUUUGUUAUUUCAGUCUGCCUAAUGCCAGAUGAUUUUACUCGUCAAGGGGAGAGUGCUGGCACUCGAUUGGUUAAAUUUCUGUUUUUUCUACAGGGAGCAGUACCGAACAUCUGGGGAGCUGGUCUCGCCUGGGGACUGUAUUUCUUUGGGUUUGUACACAAAGCUGGAUCAAAGAUAUUGCAUGUGCAGUGCAGUAUACUAGUACUUGAUUUGUUGCCAAUUGGUUUUCAUACCAAAUAACACAAAUUGUAAUACAGUAACUGACUAAAAUGUGCUUGCAGACUGGGCAAUAGACCUUUCCCCUUAUGAGUGAAAUUUUGAUCUGGACAAGUCGGGUCAAAAAUUUCAUCAGUAAUAUUCCAAAGUUUAGUAAUAUUCCAAAGUUUUGUUGCGAAAUGUUGUAAAAUGCGGAUAAUAUAGCCUUGCGAAGUUUGCCGUUUUUCAGUCAUUUUGCAUUACAAAUGGGAAAUUGAUAAUCAGAUGAUCAAACUGAUUAUCAAUUUCUCAUUAUUUUGUAAUACAAAAUGACUGAAAAACGGCAAACUUUGCAGGGCUAUAUUAUCCGCAUUUUACAACUUUUCGCAACGAAACGUCGGAAUAUUACUAAUUUUGUGAUGCUCUUUCAAGCUGUGAUGAAAUUUUUGUCCAGGCUUGUCUAGAUCAAAAUUUUACUCAUAAGAGGAAAGGUCUAUUGCAGUCUGUGACACCUUGCAUGCCAAGUUUAACACUGCCGUAAAUCUUAGGAUCUACAUAUAGCCAAAAAUGCCCAAAAUGGCAUACUUUCUAGAAGGGUCUUAUGCAUUGGCAGCAUUGCAUGUAAAAUUUUAUAUAAUUCAUUUCAUUAACUACAUUUUAAUAUCAAUUUUAGUUUCAAUAUUUUAAAAGAUUAUAUAAAAGGUGAUAAAAGGACCACAUUGUCAGCAAAAGAAUACUUGACUGUGGGGAUGUUAACAGGUUAAACAUCUCAUUUUGGUUGCAUUUUCACAAUAAAAUGUGUAGUAGAAAAUUUCUGAGGUUGUCAUAAUAUUAGUUUGUACUUCCAAGGUAUUGGUACUCUGACUGUAACAAAUCCAAUCUGGGUGUCAAAGACAAGAUUGAUUGUCCAAACCGAGUCUUCGAAUCUCGCUGUGAAAUCCACGCAAUAUAAUGGAAUGUUGGGUAAGGAAUUGCUUACACACUGCAGAGAGAAUUACGGCGUUCGAAAACGAUCUACAACAAACAACAGUAACAACAAAACAGCAGCAACAACAUCAACAGUGUUGCCUUUUUUUGUAAUACAAAAUACGAAACGGUAACUAAACUAAACUAAAAAAAAUGUUCCUUUUCGAAGUUACUGUUGUUUUGUAUUUUUUUUAAAAUUACUCAGUGAUUAAUUGUUGCUUUCUUGUACUUUGUACAUAGACACGCUUUAUAAGACAUGGAAGCAAGAGGGUUUGAAAGGCUUGUAUAAGGUAAUCUUAUAGAUAUUUUUCAUAUAGCAUUGUGUGAACACUAAAUUAACAACGUGUAUCAAUUACAGGGCUAUCUCCCAGGAUUAUUUGGCGUAUCCCAUGGUGCUUUGCAGUUUAUGGCGUACGAAGAAUUGAAGAAAUUACGUAGUUCGUAUUUUGGGACGCCUAUUGAUAAGAAAUUGGUAGGGCAUCGGAGUCUUGGUUGAUUUUAACGAUUAAGUAGUUUCGUAUUAUUCUGACGCUGAAGAGUGCAGAGUACAAAAGUCGUUUUCUCGAACUCGCAUAAUGCACCGUUCUACCCAUCGAGUAACCGAGUCAACGGGUAGAAGUGGAAAAAGUAUGCCUUGGAGUAGAAGUGGAAAAAGUAUCGGAACCCGAGAACCUAGUUUUUUAGGAUCUACGUUUUUGCAGAAAUUCUCACACAAAUAUUUAUAUUUGAUAGCUAAUUCUGAAAAUUAGACUGAUUGAAUAUCUAAAUUACUAAACACCUGAUAACUGAAAUGAUUCAAUACCUAAAUUACAGUGGAACAGUUUCAUCAAAAAAUUAAAUAUUCAUAUAGUUGCAAUAAAAAACUCGAUUUUAAUCCUGUAAGACUGAGAUUACUUUAGCAUUUAUCUUGUAUGCCUUAGGGGCGGACCAUUAGAAAAGUGAUGGUGGUGGACUUUUUCAACUUGUACGAAUAGUUUUUUUAGUUUUUUUUUGCUUGUGUCGAUAAUUUUUUUAAAUGUAACCCUUGCACGAAUUUGUUUUUUAUUUCAACUUAUAAUUUUCCAUAUUGAAAAGUCUCUGCACGAAUUUUUUUUCAAACUUUUUUGGUGCACGAAUUUUUUUUUCUUUCUGUUUCCCCUGCUCGAUUUUUAUUUUUGCUCCCCCCAUCACUUUUCUAAUGGUCCCCUUUUGGUCACUUUUCUAAUGGGUCCCCUUUUGGUCACUUUUCUAAUGGUCCCCUUUUUCUAAUGGUCUUAAAGACACAUUGCUUCACGCGACAACACCAUAAUAAAACAUUAUAAUUGUGUUAUUUUUCCCUAUUUAUAGCAAUCUUUUGCAGAAGAUUUUGAGCCCUAAACCCAGUGAAACACGCAAUUUGAUUGGUCAAUAGCCGUGCAUGAUCAGGCAAUCCUGCACGAGGAAUUAAAAUGCCUUCGCGGGAUUCUCAAAAUGUUAUUGUUUCAUAUGGUUUUCCAAGCAGGAUAGCGUGGUCCAUGCACUUGGGAUGUUGCUCGACUUUCGGAAAGCGUAAAAAUACACUCGCCUGCGGCUAGAGUAUUUUUACGCUUUCCGAAAGUCUCGCGACAUCCCUCGUGCAUGGAUCACGCAAUCCUGCACGGAAAACCAUUCGGUAUUCCUUUAUUCCACCCCCGCCUUGGAGGCCGCGCAGUGUUUCGAUCCUAUUUCAGAACCUUGAAAAACUAGUUUCAUGUUAUUCUUAAUAUUUCUGAGGAGAUCCAUUAUUCAUCUGUUGUGUUUUCUAGAGCUCUGUUGAAUAUAUAAUAAUGGCAGCGCUGUCUAAGAUAUUUGCAAGCGGAACUACGUAUCCAUAUCAAGUUGUACGCACACGACUUCAGGUGAGCAUGCGCGUUUUGGAAGGUAGAAACCUUUUUAUAAUAUAGCAUUUGUAAAUUCUGAACGCUGAUUGGCUAAAAGCCGUCUUGACAUAACUCGACUGGUUUUACUCGUGGAAAUUGUGAAAACUCUAAACACAUAAUUUCUCGUUUUCCCAAUUUUCACUCGUGUUGAUAUAACUGUACAGUAUAUCAACACAGGAAAUGUUUUAUAUUUGUUAGAUAUCAUUUGAUGAAAUGAAAACGUCAUUAUUUGAUAAUUUUCGAAUGUUUUUUUAGUGCAAAAUGAAAUAAUCAUUUUCAAUUCUUAUUAAAUUUUAUCGUUAACAAAUUAUAAAAGCAAAAAAUUCACUCUACAAUUAUUAUAUUAAUUCUGGGACUUAUUUUUCUUAGGACCAAUAUAAUAUUGGACGGUAUAACGGAGCAAUCGAUGUUGUUAAGAAAACGUGGAGGUUCGUUUCGAUAAACACAAUCAUGUGAUGUUCUCCAAAAUGAGACAAGUAGAAAUUGACUAUCAGGCUUGAACUACCUACCGUUCAAAGGGUUUCAGAAAUUAUUGGGGACAGUUCCCCGCCCCCCCCCCCCCUCCCUAGUAUCCGCCAAUGGGUGGGGCAAUGGGGUCAUGGGACCCAAACUCACAGAGAUAGAGAGAGCCAAAAUUUACCAGGAAUCGUUUUUGCCAGCACUUAACAUUCCAGCUGUUGUAAAUUAAUGAUAUGCUUACGGGCCAAAAGCAUCUUCUUGGACAGUGCUCGAUGGUUAGUUGAAGUUGGCCAUUGAACUGAAAAAGACCUGAUAUAUUAUUAAUGCGUGAAUGUUAAUUUAUAGGUUCGAAGGACCGCUUGGGUUUUACAAAGGCCUGUUCCCCAAUCUUCUCAGGUUUGUUACUCAUAUAUGUCUUGAAAUGUAAUUGUGUUAAUCAGCCUUUUGAAUGAUGGUUUUUAAGGCGCAUUACAACCCCUUCAAUUGAAAAAAACUAGCUAGGAAAAACAAUUAAGCAUAAUUUAAGAUGAGUGAAAUCAGUGAACUGAAUGUUUUCAACAAUAAAAAGGUUUAAAAAUGUUAAAAAUAUUGAGAUCACCAUCUUGAAUUAUGCUUAAUUCAUUUACCUAGUUAGUUUUUUUCAAUCAUAGGGGUUGUAAUGCGCCUUAAAAACCAUCAUUCAAAAGGCUGAAAUGUGCCUUUAAACAUUGCAUCAACUGUGUUUGUGUUUGCCUUAGUUAAAACUCUAUUGUCUUAUUUGCUUGUUUUUCUCAUAGAGUGACGCCUGCUUGCUGCAUAACGUUCGUCGUUUACGAAAACGUCCUUAGCUUUCUUCAAAAUAAAAAUAAAUAGAAUAAAUUAACUGUAUAACCAGAAGUGGCAAAGGAUUGCUUACAUGAAGGGUUAGCCCCCUGAGCUUUUAUUUAUAACUGGAGCGAGAACCUCAGAUUUGGCUUCAAGAAAAAGAUAAGCAGUUUUAUAUCCAGUUACAUUCAUUUCACUGACUGAACUGGAUGCAAUUAUAAAAACUUUCAGAUGUACAAAAUUAAUCCUAUUCAAUAUUUAAUCCCUUCUUUGUCAUAUGCUGUACAAUUCACUGUCAUUCUGACACAAUAUAAAGUUAUUUGAAAACUCUUAUCUCGAUUCUUAUUGGCUUACUCCUAUAAUCCUUUUUAAUCCCACAUAAAUUUUAUAAAACC